AUGGCAACCCUAGAACUCGAAGCUUACAACCAACCUAUCCCCAACGAAGCCAAACUUGAUGUACCCCAAAAUGAUGGUGAGCAAGACAGAGAUCAAGAAGUCAAAAUUAACUACUCCCAAAGGGCACAGUGGCUUAGAGCUGCAGUGCUUGGAGCCAGCGAUGGUUUGGUCUCCACAGCUUCUUUAAUGAUGGGAGUUGGAGCUGUAAAACAGGAUGUAAAAUCCAUGAUUAUUACUGGUUUUGCAGGGAUGGUCGCCGGAGCAUGUAGCAUGGCGAUCGGAGAAUUCGUGUCGGUGUACUCUCAGUAUGACAUAGAGCUUUCUGAAAUGAAGAGACAACAUAAAGCUUCAGAUGAUGGAAAAGAAAGUCUGGAUGAAAGCGAGAAAGAAGACCUCCCGAACCCGUUCACGGCGGCUGGAGCAUCUGCCCUAGCCUUUGUUGUUGGAGCUGUGGUGCCACUAUUAUCAGCUUCUUUUAUACAGAAUUAUAAGGUUAGGUUGGGGGUGGUAAUUGCUAUGUCAAGCUUGGCUUUGAUUGUGUUUGGGCGCUUAGGUGGAGUCUUGGGGAGGGCUUCUGUGAAGAAGUCUUGUUUGAGGGUGUUGAUUGGUGGGUGGCUGGCUAUGGCUAUAACUUAUGGAUUGACCAAGUUGAUUGGCCUGGCUGGAAUAUAA